AUGCCCUGCCCAUGGCCACCCUGGCUCCGCCGCCCGCGAUUUCCCCAGGGCUCGGGUCCCAGCUCCCCUGGCUCGCUCUCUGCGCCCCGGUCCCCCAGCCAAGGGGAGGACGAAGACGAGGAUGGGGACCGCAGCCCGGGCUCAGGCCCCAUGCUGCCCCCCGCGUCCCCCGUGGAGUGCCUCAUCUGCGUGUCGCCUUUCGACGGUGUGUUCAAGCUGCCCAAGCGCCUGGACUGUGGCCACAUCUUCUGCCUUGAGUGCCUGGCUCGCCUGUCACUGGCCACGGCGGGGGGCGGUGACGCAGUGGCUUGCCCCGUGUGCCGUGCGCCCACGCGCCUGGCCCAACGCGGGGGGCUGCCCGCUCUUCCCACACAGACCGGCCUGCUGCCCCACGAAGCUCGCAGCCCGCCCACGCGCCAGGGCUCGGUGCGCUUUGACCGGCGCCGGGGGCUGCUCUACCUGCGCCCUCCUCCAGCGCCAGGGCCACGCAAAACCCGCCCAGCGCGCCCGCCGCCGCCCCCACCGCCACUGCGCCUCGGCCGUCCGCUGUCCCGCCGCGUGACGCUGGACAGCCCCACCUGGAUCUUCAACGCUGCAGUGGCGCUGGCCGUGCUGGUGGCCGCGGGGCUGGUGGUCUCCGGCGUCUACAUCUUCUUCCUCAUCCCGCACGCCGCCUCCUCCGGCCUCGCACGCCCCCAGCUCGUGGCUCUUGCCCCACCACCCGACUUCUCCUGGUUACCGCCGCGGCCCACGCCCGGGGCGCCCUGGACGCCAGGUCCCACGGGCCGUGAACUAGACACCAACCUGCCAGGGGCUGCAGAGGAUGCGCUGGAGCCCAUAGAGAGCCCCGGGGACGCAGCGGAUGCGGAGGGGACGCUGGACAGGCCCUCGGAUCGCGAGUGGGAGUCAGAGGAUGGGCCCGCCUGGGCCCCCGGGGCACCGGAGCCAUAG